AUGAUCCGAUGCUGACGCUUGCGCGUUGUGGUGUUAAUUGUGGAUUUCACUAACUGCCCCAGCUAUUCUUGUGUGAAAUAAAAUAGCAAGAAAGUAGCGUCGGUUUUCGUUCAGUCGCGUUCCGAGUUUACAUCUUACAACCAAAUAAAAACUACAGUAACUGAAGUUUUUCUGCCUACGCGAGAUACGGACAGGGAGAAAUAACGAGCCUUUCAUCGUCCUUCCCCUUCAUGGUUCAUCAUGAGUGAUUAUUCAGCGGUCGCUCCGCCACAAAAUUUCAGUCAAAGUUCCGCGUUUGCAGCUGCCCUGCAACGUGCCAAACAGAUUGCAGCUAAAAUAAAUCCUGCCGGUUCUCAAAGUAAUACGGAACCAAAGUUAAAGCGUCCUCUUGAAGAUUGUCCAGGUGAGGCAAAUCAAUCUCUUCACACUUCAGAGCCAGAAGCAAAAAAAGUGGCGGCUUUAGUAGCAGAUCCUAUGAUUGGGCUACGGGGGGGCCCACCUACUGGUACUUCUAUCAGUGAAGUUGCGGCUCAGGCAGCUGUAGCUGCCCGAGUGGCUGUUCAGUCGACUUCACCUCCUGCCGUCAUGGCUGGAAUGGGAGGUAUCUGUAAUGAGGAUAUUAGAGUCCCAGACAAAAUGGUUGGGCUAAUAAUUGGCAGAGGUGGAGAACAAAUAACUAGAUUGCAAAGUGAAACUGGGUGCAAGAUACAAAUGGCGCCAGAGAGUGGCGGAUUGCCAGAACGUGUUUGUACUCUCACAGGGUCCAGAGAAGCCGUCAAUCGUGCUAAAGAGUUAGUCCUCUCCAUUGUUAAUCAAAGAAGCAGAACGGAGGGCAUUGGUGACAUGAAUAUUGGUAGCGGUAACAGCGCACUUAUUGGCCAUCCCGGGUUUGUUGAAAUAAUGAUACCUGGUCCUAAAGUUGGUUUGAUCAUUGGCAAAGGGGGAGAAACGAUUAAGCAACUACAAGAGAAGUCCGGGGCCAAGAUGGUCGUUAUUCAAGAAGGCCCUUCUCAAGAACAAGAAAAACCACUCAGAAUAACGGGAGAUCCGCAAAAAGUUGAAUAUGCCAAACAGCUAGUGUACGAGUUGAUAGCUGAGAAAGAGAUGCAAAUGUUCCAUAGAGGAUCACAAAGAGGAGGUUCUGACAGAGGGGGAACAAAUUAUAAUAAUACUGACAAUGGGUUUAGCCAUGGCUCUCAAAGUGGCGACGGUGUUGAGGUUCUUGUACCACGAGCCGCAGUGGGUGUUGUUAUUGGAAAAGGUGGUGACAUGAUAAAAAAAAUUCAAGCUGAGACAGGAGCCCGUGUACAAUUCCAACAAGGUAGAGAAGAUGGUCCAGGUGACCGAAAGUGUUUGCUUUCCGGUAAACAUCAAGCAGUGGAACAAGCACGACAACGCAUUCAAGAAUUAAUUGACAGUAGACGAGAUGACGGGCGGAAUCCCAUGGCUGGUGGUGGCAGAGGAGCAGGGGGACCACGUGGUAAUGGUUUCGGUAGUGGUCGUAAUUCAAACGAAUUCGGUGGCGGGUGGGACAGGCGCCAAGGUGGCCCAAUGCAAGACAAAGUUGAAACAACAUUCACUGUUCCAUCGACCAAGUGUGGAAUCAUCAUUGGCAAAGGUGGAGAAACUAUCAAACAAAUCAAUCAACAAACUGGAGCUCACUGCGAACUUGAUCGGCGGAAUCAGAGUAACGAAAAUGAAAAGAUAUUCAUAAUACGCGGAAAUCCGGAACAGGUCGAACAUGCGAAAAGAAUAUUCAGUGAGAAACUUGGAUUGAGUCCAGGAGGAGCCCCCUUUACAGCAGGGCAAGGGGCUAUUGGAUACAAUCCAAACUGGAAUUCUGGAUCAGGAUAUCAAUCUUGGCCAAACCAAGCUCAGUCCAGUGAUACAGCUGGCCCUGGUGCAACUCCUGGCGGAGUACAUGUUAACCCGCAAACAGGACAACCAGAUUACAGUGCACAAUGGGCGGAAUAUUACAGAUCACUUGGUAUGCACAGAGAAGCUGACAUGAUCGAGCAACAGGCGAAACAAGGAAAACCUGAUCAGGCUCAACCACAGCCAGGAAAUACUCCGAGUCAAGCCAAUCCAACCCCAGCUGGAACUGCCGGAGCUGUUCCACAGCAGCAACAGCAACAACCACAAACUGCAGCACAGAAUGGAGGUCAAGCGGAUUACAGUGCCCAGUGGGCAGAGUAUUAUAGAAGUAUCGGGAAGAUUAAGGAAGCUGAAGCAAUAGAGGCACAAAUGAAAGCUGGCAAGCUGGGUUUGCAGGGAAGUCAAUUAGCGCAACCCCAAAUGCAACAAGCUUUACAGGGGCAAUCCGCCGGUCCACCGACUGGAACACCGACCUCUUUUCCCCAAAGUUACGGAAGCUAUCCAGGAAUGGGUCCCGGGUCUGCUCCAGCCGGUUAUUACGCUGGUAGCACGGGUUCCGCCAGCCAACCGCAAUCAGGCCAGCAGGCUCCUCCCUUCCCAGCUGGAUAUCAGAAUUAUCCAUACUCCCAGCCGAGCUCCGAUAAUUAAUAAGCAACGGAUGAAAAAUGAAAACAAUGAACAAUACCGCCAACAUGUGUACAUCGCUUGCAGGAACUGAUGAAAUUUGUGUUCAUCGUACAACUGCAAAGUGCAAAAAGUCGGAUCUACGGUAUGCCGAUAGAACCAAGAAUACAUCUGUCUCCAGUUCAAUGUCAGGGAAGGUAUUAAAGUGAUGAUGGCUACUCCCAGGGAGUAGAUGAACAUAAUCACCAGUCAUAUUUGCCAAUAUGUGACUUCCAAUGGUUUAAUUUUGUUAUUUUCUUUUUUUUUUUACCUUAAAAAAUAACUUGCAACUACUUUCUGGAUAUCAUUUAUGUAAGCUCUUACCAUACAUUAAUAGCAACAUCAUAUACAUUAUGAAUCAUUAUGAAAUUGGCAUAAUUUGGCGCGUUCAUUUAGUUCGUACCCGUUUGUUUUUCCUCAUUUAUUAUAUUUAAGUAGAUGAUAAUAAUGAUUAAAAGCAGAUAUAAAAAGUAAGAAAAACUCAACCAAAUGCAGUUUUACUUAUUUGAAGCCGCAUUAAACAGACAGGAAUAAAAACAAGCAAAACAACGUGCAAACUUCUCGUUAUUACUCUAAUAAUGUUUAUGAUAGUAUACAGAGUCAAUCUGAAGUUGUACAUCAUGUAUUUUCCAAAAAUACAUUAGAUAUAGUGAAUAGUAUAUAAGAAAUAUAAAUUAAAAGAAAAGAAUAAUAGGGCAUGAUGGACUAUAUUAUGAUCAAAUUACACGUAAUUACUCUUUUUUCCUCGCAAAUCCAGCCAACUUCAACAGUAAAGUUUGUCCCAAUUCAAAAUUUUCGCACUAUAUGAUAUAUGAAUAUCUGCACUUUGCGCAAAAGAAUUGAAAUUGAAAUUUGUUUACGGACUAGGGAUAAUCUCGUCUAUUUGUCUACUGUAUUAAAAACAAAGUAAAAAAAAAAACUAGCAAGAUAGUUUGGCUUAAACUUUUUACUGUUAUGCGCAUAAAUAUGUAAUUUAAAAAUUUUUCUUCGUUCAUUUUGUCUGUAUUUGCGACGCUUACACUUUUGUACACGCAUAAAGUUCUGUGGUAAUUUCUGAGAGUCUGAUACUCGGAUAAUUACUGCAUAAUAUAGUCAGGUCAGCAUCUAUUAUAGAAUAGUCAACUUUCCAAUAACAAAUAAAAAAUCAAUUAUCUAUAGUAUACGCAGUUUUAACUUUUUUCUUUUUUUUUCUCUUUAUUAAUCAACGUUUUCGGACGUGUUCUUUUCUGAGCAUUUGUUCUCUGGCAAAGCGAGCAUAGGUGCCAAAGAGAAAACUCUUGUUCGAAGUACCGAUCUCUUAGUCAGGUUUGAAAUUUUAUGUGCGGGCUCGCUUUACCAUUAAAAAUGAAUCAGAAGGUAGGAAACGAGAAAAAACCGUUAAAAAGUUUUUAGCAAUCUGUAUUGCUGCAAUGAUGAGAACACAAAUAAAACAACAUCCUGACUGUGUGAUAGAAAUAAAUCUGAGCAAAUACGAAUAACACAAUCUAAGAUAUCAAUAAUCUGAGGAAAGGUUUUGUAAUUACAACGGUCAAAAUCGUUGAACUCUGGUUCUAAUGUUUUGGGCUCAUUUUGCUCGCUCACCAGUUUUUCAUUAUACAUUAUUUGAAAGAUAUUCAAGAAAUUUUACAUUGUUGCAAAGUCAUAAUGUGCAAGUGUAUUUGUUUACGAGCAUCUGUUGUAUCGUACUUAUCGUAUAACUGUAUUCCUAUCGAGUUUGGAGAUGACUAUUAGUUUUAAAAAAUAAUUUCGAAGUUCUCCGGAGAUCUCUGGUGACCGAAAUAUACCCAAAAACAUGAAAAUUAGAUUGAAAAAAACGAGAGUUCAAUUAGUUACGUUCUUAUUGUACAACCUUUUCUCCAUUCGGUGACAUGUUGGUACAAAUUCGUUUCAAUUACAUAGGGAUGUCGUUUCAUUCAUUUCCACUAUCAUUACAGCAAAUAAUAUUGCUGGAGAUAUUAUAAAUAGUCUUUUCUUUUUUUGUAAGUUGUAAUUCCGGCCGAUUAACCCUUAAUUGCGGCAUUAUAGUGAGCAGCUAGGCGCCUCUUCGUCAUCCGCAUUUCAAAAUAAUCGACGAAAACUCAGGUGUACAAACUCCUAAUACCAUCGAGUAAAUGCGUAAACUCUUCCUUACUUACGCUCAUAAUACACUAAUUCAUCAUACAAUUUUUUGGCAAUGGCAUGCAUAACAGCUUGCAUCACGAAGAAUUCCCGUUAUCGCUCACCACUACUCAUGGUAAUUAUUAUCACACAUUAAUCAUACCGCUGGCUGCAAGUAUUACGGACAUGCGGGGUUUCCUAUCGCACCAAUAGCUCCAUUAUUGCUGAGGGUCGUUCAAAAAACGUCCGUGUUUAAAUUUUCCCACCGCCAAUUGUUAAAAUAAUCCAUUCCAUCGCCUGACUUCCGCUUUUGACCAGAUUUCACAAUUGUUCUACUCUGUAAAGACUUGAAAGUUUGUUUCUAAUAUUAGUAUUCCAUCAAUAUGAUGCAUUUGUGAACCGCAAUCGAUCUAUUUAACCAAUCUAAGUUGUUGCUUGCAAAUUUAAUUAUGCUUCACCUUGUAAUAUUCUUUCGAGUGCAAGAUUGAGCGAAAUUAGAAUGUAACAAUCGAUUUCAUCUCGCAAACAUGAAAUCAUUCAAAUUUCGGUAUUGGAGAUUGUCUGAAAUGGAUUAAAGAGUAUUAAUACAUGGCGAACAACUUCAGGAAGACUCAAUAUAUUCAAGAACAAAGGGUCUGUAUACAUGAAGAGAAAAUGAUACAAUUACGUAUGACAAAAUGUGCACACUUUUGAAAUUAAUUGUGUAGCAGUGAUUUUCAUCGAUUGUAUCAUGUAUUGUAAUGAUUUGUUCAUUUCAGAUAUAGAUUUCAGAUAGCUUUCCACUGGGACAUGGUUAACGCUGCCCAUACCUUCUUCACUCGCGUAAUCAAUAAUUACGCUGACUGAUAUAAAAUUGGUUAUGUUGAAAGAUUACACCUUAACUCAUGCGAUCCAGUAGCACUGACUAUGUCUUAUUUGUAUCGUGCAUAUAUAUAUUGCAUUACAAUAUAUAUAUAUAUAUUACAAAUAUUGUCCGAAAUGCUUCUUCGUUUCAUAUAUUGUUAUUCUAGGAUACGCGAUUUACGUUCUAAUUAUAGGUAAUAAGGCAAACUGAAAUUCAUUAUCGAACGAAGUCAGUAGGGUAAAUUUAUAAUUUCAACGUGCUCUCCUUCUGUGUUUCAUUUUCUAUGAUAUGUAUUUAUUUCCCCAUAUAAUACAUAACUGUAAAACGAAUUGAAAUCACCAGGGGAUGAUGCAGCAGAUGAAAGAACAAAAAAUGGAAGAACCAGAGCUCAACUAAACUCUAUAAUAUAUACAUAAACAUUUCGAAUGCCUGUACUGUGUAACUCUUAUUGUUAGUUAUAUAAUUGCACUAUGAAAAAAGCGUUGUUACGAAACUAAAUUAAUCCGACAGAAAUGCUCGUUCCUGGAUUAUUUUGACUAAAAGUAACAAAUGACAACCUUCGUUUCGUUGAUUAUAUAUAUAUAUAUAUAUAUACAUAUAUAAAUA